AUGGAUAGAGGGAAUCACUCAAUCGUGUCUGAGAUUGUGUUUCUGGGACUCACUCAUUCUUGGGAGAUCCAGCUUCUCCUCCUGGUGUUCUCCUCUGUGUUCUAUGUUGCAAGCAUGAUUGGAAACAUGCUCAUUCUGUUGUCUGUGACCACUGAUCCCCAUUUACACUCCCCCAUGUACUUUCUACUAGCCAAUCUCUCCAUCGUUGACCUGGGAGUCUGCUCCACUACUGCCCCCAAGAUGAUUCAUGACCUUUUCAGAAAGCGUAAAGUAAUCUCCUUUGGAGGCUGCAUUGUUCAGAUCUUCUUCAUCCACGUCCUUGGAGUUGUGGAGAUUGUUCUGCUCAUAGCCAUGGCCUUUGACAGAUAUGUUGCCAUAUGUAAGCCUCUCCACUAUGUGACCAUUAUGAGCCCAAAGACGUGUGUUUUGUUUCUGGCUGCUGCGUGGGCCAUUGGUACUAUUCACUCACUGUUCCAACUAGCAUUCAUCGUUAAUCUAUCCUUCUGUGGCCCUAAUGUAUUGGACAGCUUUUACUGUGACCUUCCUCGGCUCCUCAGACUGGCCUGUACAGAUACCUACAGAUUGCAGUUCAUGGUCACCAUCAACAGUGGGUUUCUUUGUGUUGGCUCUUUCUUUAUACUCAUCAUUUCCUACAUCUUCAUCCUGUUCACUGUUUGGAAACAUUACUCAGGUGGUUCAUCCAAGGUCCUCUCCACUUUGUCAGCUCACAUUACUGUGGUAUUUUUUUUCUUUGGUCCAACCAUGUUUGUCUAUACAUGGCCACAUCCCAAUUCCCAAAUGGACAAGUUUCUUGCUCUCUCUGAUGCUGUUCUCACUCCUUUUUUAAAUCCAGUCAUCUACACAUUCAGGAAUAAAGACAUGCAGGCAGCAAUGAAGAGAUUUUUCAGACCAUUAGUGAUUUUUAGAAAGAUAUCAUAA